AUGGAACUCGAGGGCGCACCAACGGCCCAAAAACACAAAUGGGAAACUGACCGCGGACCCCAAAGGAAUAACCAGAGACACGCGGACCCGAAGAACGGACAGCCACGCGACCAGAAACUCCCGCAAUACGGCGAGAGACGCGCCGGCCAGGCCGACGGGAAAGACCGCGCGCCACAACGGUCCCACCAAGACCGCACUGCUACAACCAUAAAUAAGAACAACCUUUCCAGAGAGGAACAAUCCCUCCUCCGCACGCUCCUGCGCAAAGCCAGAGAGGAGAAGACGGACAACGCCGACGUUUUCGCAGUGUCCGUGUCGGAUGACGCCGAGGACGCUCCCUACCAAAUGGACGACGACCUCAGCGAACAGGAGCCGGAUGACGACUACUCCGACCCAAACGCACAAAAUGAGGACACCCGCUACGACCAAAGGGAGGUCAUGGUAAUACAGGUAAACUCCAUCACAGACCCACAAGGGGAUGGCCCCUCGACAACCAACUGCGAACCACCGUUCCACCAAUUCAUUGGCGAUCUACAACAAAAAGGUACCUACGGGAUACUCUACUUGCCCGUGACGCUUGAAGACCAAUGGGAACACGAGGCGCUCGUAGACACAGCUGCCGAUAUCAGCCUGAUUGGCGACGAUCUCUUCGGUAAGUUACAGUCCUUGGCCAGUAAAUCCCACAGAGACCUAAAACCACAGCCAUGCGACUUAGAAAUUCGACCCUAUUCCCGGGAAGACACGACCAUACGUAAAAUGGCUCUAAUGCGACUGACCGUGGGCCCCAUGACGCUGGUCCACCCGGUCUACAUCUCCCCAUUCAACGCGCAUCCGCUCCUACUGGGCCAGGACCUUCUGAAUCGGUUUAAGCCCCUAAUAGACUACCAAGGUCUGAAGAUCUGGGCACAGGUCCGGGAGCCCUUGCCCAUUCUGCGCCCGUUGGGCGUGAACCACUGCUACUUCAUAAACGCGCCGCCCGCGAACGGCCCACGGCCCGCCGCGGCACUAACCGAAACCGGUCAAGGGACGCCCACGACCUGCGAGAAGGCCGCGCCCACGCGCACAACCCCCGACCUCGACAGAACGAGCAAGAUGGGAACCCCUCGCCAUCGAGUGCCUUAA